AUGAUUCGAACCUUUAUGAUAGUGUUCUUGUUUUUAUGGUUAGGUCGUUAUUUUUAUUUUUCAUCAUCGUCAUCAUCAUCAUCAUCAGAAAGUUCACCAGUAGAAACUUCAUCACCUUUUAUGUAUGAUCGUAACAACAACAACAACAAUAAUGUUAUAAAAAAUCAAAGCAAUCAGUUUCAAACACAACCAAUACAAGUAAAAGGAAAUGAACAAUAUUCAAAGCAACAACAACCAUUUAUUCCAUUGAAUAAAAACAUUCAAGACCAAGAUCGUGCAAAAGGAGUGGUAGUGAUAUUGGCUAGAAAUAGUGAUCUUCAUGGUAUUCGUGCCUCCAUUCGACAAUUUGAAGCCCGUGUCAACCGUCGGUUCCAUUAUCCCUACGUGUUUUUAAAUGAAGAACCUUUCACGGAUGAAUUUAAACAUUAUGUCCAUUUGUUAAUCUCAUCCACUGCUCAGUUUGGUCAAAUCCCUAAAUCUGUCCAACCAGCUCCUUUCUGGACCACAAAUGGCACGCGUAUCUUUAAAGAUACCAUGUGGUGGGGUUAUCCUGAACAUAUCGAUCAAUCCAUUGCUGCAACUAAACGUAAAGAAAUGGCCAGUUUGGAAAAUCCACCACCUUAUGCUGAUAGUGAAAGUUAUAGACAUAUGUGUCGAUUCCAAUCAGGACUCUUUUUCCGACAUCCACUUUUGGAUGGCUAUGAUUACUACUGGCGUGUGGAACCAGAUGUUGAUUUUUAUUGUGAUGUGGAUUACGAUGUAUUUCAAUUGAUGAAAGAUAAAGGAUUCAAAUAUGGAUGGACGAUUGCGAUUCAAGAGAUUCCUGAAACGAUUGAAACCUUAUGGGCAGCUACACGUCGCUUUAUUCAAAAAUUUCCACAUUAUGGUGUAUUUGAUCCUCAACAAAGUCUUUUAUCUUGGAUCAUGCAAAUGGAUGAUACUACCAAAGCUGAUUAUUAUAAUGGAUGUCAUUUUUGGUCCAACUUUGAAAUUGGUUCUUUGGAUUUCUUCCGUAGUCAGCCCUAUCUUGAUUUCUUUGAUCAUUUGGAUCAAGAAGGUGGUUUCUUUUACGAAAGAUGGGGAGAUGCACCUGUCCAUUCCAUUGCAGCGGCACUUUUAUUAAAAAAAAGUGAAAUUCAUUUUUUUAAUGAUAUUGGUUAUAAUCAUCCACCAGUAGCUCAUUGCCCUACUGAACCAUUUUUACAAGAAAAAUGUCACUGUGAUCCAGCAAUUAGCAUUGAUUGGCAAGAUGGUAGUUGUGCUGUACCUUAUAAAAAUAUUGAUCCUGAUUUUGUAUGGGAUGAGUUUACUUAUUAUCGAGAAACAAAUCCUUAUCGUCUUGCCUGA